AAUAGAUUGAAGAUACCAGUAAUGAACACCAGAAAGUUUAACAAUUACUGUUCAGCUCAGUGUCUUGUAACCCACCUCUGUUUUUACUGAAGAUACUUUAACUUUGUUUUUCACGAUGGAGAUCCCAGUGGUGGACUUUGGCGAUUACAGUCUGAAUGAGGAAGAUGUCCCUGACAAGCAAUUGGAGAGUUUAAGCAAAGAGUUUAAAUCAGCCUUUACAGAAGUUGGUUUUGUGUUUCUGAAGAACACAGGGAUCACUCAGGAGGAGGUGGCUUGUGUUAUGGACAUCUCCAAGAAAUUCUUCCUGCAGCCAGAUGAGCUGAAACAACCCUUCAGCAGGAAAAGUUUCUUGAACAGUCCAAACCAUGGAUGGGUGUCACUGGAAACAGAGAAGUUGAAUCCACGUCGACCUGGAGAUCUAAAGGAGUCUUUCAACACUUCCUCGCUACACCCUGAUAUAAAAUGGCCAUCAUCAGGCAAUUUAAAAAGUUUCCAGGAGUUCCAGACGUCCUUCUUCCAACGCUGUAAAGAGCUGAGUCUGCGGGUGCUGAGGGUGAUGGCCCACAGUCUGGGACUGGACCCAGAGGUGUUCUUGAGUACACACCGUUUAAUAGGAACUGACAAAAACGGCACUACACUGCGAUCUCUCUACUACCCACCAGUGAAUUGUGAGAACGCAAAGGAGGGCCAGCUGCGAUGUGGAGAGCAUUCAGACUAUGGCACCUUUACUCUGUUGUUCCAGAGCUCAGAAGGUCUGCAGGUGCGUGCACGCUCAGGGGAAUUCAUCUCUGUUCCCUGUAUCCCUGGAGCCAUCCUCAUUAAUAUCGCUGACCUGAUGCAGCGCUGGACAAGUGACCAGUUUAUCUCUGUACUUCACAGGGUUUUGCUGCCCUCUGUCGGUGACUCCAGCACACGGCAGUCUCUGGCUUUCUUCGUCCACCCGGAUGACGAGGCUCUGAUCACCUGCUGUGACAACUCAAACAAAUAUCCCCCAAUUACAGCAGGCGACUACCUGACUGAGCGAUUCAACGACUCAUAUGGAAGGAGCUGAAUCUGCACUCACCAUUUAAACCUGACCGUGAUUAGGAUAUUUUUUUAAUCGUGUUGAGGGAGUUAUUAUUGUCAGAAGCAUGAAUAUGUCGCUUUAGAUUAAACAAUGAUUUUUUUUUUUAAAUGUAAUGCUAAUGUAUGAUUGUGGCUGAAUGAUCCCAAUGUUUGUGAUUAAAAGAAGAGACAGAAACAUAAGAUUUGCAAGUGC